AGGGAGGCCCGGAAAAAAAGUUAGGAGACUAAGUUGACAUUUGAAAUGCACACUUCACUCGAGAUCAUCCCGCUAUAAGAAACUUGUUUGAAACUUUGUUUCAAUAAAUAUUAGAUUAAUCCAGAGAGUUUACAGAAAGUCUUGGGUUGCCUCCAUAUGAGGUUAAUAGGUGUCGGCAAUGUUUUCUAACAUCAGCACGUCCACCCCCUUCUCUGUGAAGGACAUAUUAAACUUGGAGCAGAGUCAUGGGGACAUGGCUUCCAUGGACAUCAUAUCGUCUCGGAUGGAUUGCGCCCUGCCGACCACGUCCUGCAUGCUGUCCCGCUUCAAGCAGGAGUCCCUCCUGGAGGUUCCGUCCGGAGCCUCGGUGUUCGGAGAAGACCUCCAGGACCCGAAAGUCAGCCGAAGCAACGCACUGAAUGUGGUUUCUUUUUAUGGGAAAUCGUUGAAAGAAAUGGACAAAGAUGGGAAAUCGAACUAUUUCAAGCAAAAGCACAGAGACCUCACUUCUCUAGAUGCCGCGGCGGACAUACGAAAGACCCAAGAGGAGGCUGAGCACCCUAAGCUGAGGAAGCGGAGAAAGCCCAGGGUGCUCUUCUCCCAGGCGCAGGUCUACGAGCUGGAGCGGCGCUUCAAGCAACAGAAGUACCUGUCCGCCCCCGAGAGAGACCAUCUGGCCGGGCUGCUCAAACUCACCCCAACGCAGGUCAAGAUCUGGUUCCAGAACCGAAGGUACAAAUGCAAGCGUCAGAGGCAGGACCAGAGUCUGGAGCUAGUGGGUCUGCCUCCGCCGAGGAGGAUCUCGGUCCCAGUGUUGGUUCGGGACGGUAAAUCGUGCCUGGCAGACACGGUCAACUACAACACGUCGUACAAUAUGGGCAUGAAUCAUUUCAGUUACACCAACUAUCCCACGUUCACGAAUUACCCGAACCCGGGCUGCAACUCAAACUAUGGGUACAGCCAUCAAGCAGCCACAAUGCAAACCAUUCAGGGGUCCUCCGGUAACGGGGGUUACCUGAACUUUGGGGAGCUGAAUAAUGCUCAAAAUACCUUUUCAACCAGUAACGGAGUGCCAUCGUUACAUGGCAUUAGGACAUGGUAAAUAUGAGCACAAUAUAAUCAAUUUCAAUGAUCCGAUUCAUUUGCCAAAUGCAUGUGUGAUUUAUAUUUAUGUCCUUCAGAACAGUGUUUGUUAGAACUUUAAAAGGUAGGCCUGAUUGGUGUUUUUUCUCCAAUAAACCUGCAUAUUCUAGAUUUACGUACAAUUGUGUUGAAUGAAUUGUGUUUGAUGAUGGAAUUAACAUUUAUUUUUUUAAGAAAAGAGCCACAUUAAUUUCCCGACGCCAUUUACACUUCGUUUUUAAGAAAAGUCCAGGAAUGUAUUAGGUCAUGUCUAAGAAAAUAAUUCCACCAUUCGACUUAAAAAAAAGUCUUAGAGCCUUUUUUUAAUGUGUAGGCCUAAAAAUUACUUUGUAUUGUUGUCAUAUAGCCUAGGGUUAUAUAAUAAUUAUCAAUAAAUAGGCCCAUAACUAAUUUAACUAACAUAGGCACUAUAUACGUUUUGGGUAGGAGGCUAUAGCUUAUAAUACCUUAAGGCCUAAUUCAAUUACAUGCCGUAAAAUCCCAUAUGGUUAGUCUCGGGUUAAAGCGUUGAAGUGGCUGUUACCCAACUUCCUUCAACUUGCUCAGAUGGGGCUAAAAGGUUACUUAAGUUUACAAAUAUCUGGAUCGUCGGCACGUAUGCAUUUGGGCCUCAAUGCGGUACUAAAUGUUUUCCUUCUAGAAUUGACAUUGGCGCAUACGUUCAGUGUCCAGGUUUGUGUUGAAAUUGAUUUUGACCCGGAAAACUGUAAUCCGUUUCCGGAGUGGUUUUAAAAGUUUUAAUAAAGGUUAGAGAAGAUUUUUUCUAUGCCAAUAUCUAUUGUUUCAGUUUAUAUUAUUAUAGAAUAUAAUAAGUGCAAGAUUAACAACGACAUGUAAAAGAUUUGAUCAAUAAAAAAUAACUUUCUUCACCCUAUUAAUAACUUGCAUUUACUUUUUAAAACUUUUGCUGUCAGGCCCUAUAACUAUUGAUGUAUUACAUUUUUUUGUGGAUUUAGGAAUAAAAAAACCUUUUUAUAUUGUCCUUUGGUAAACAUCAAACUCAAACAAAAUGCUAAAGCUCAAUAACUUAGCAGACCUUUUUAUCCAAAGUGAUAUACAGAAGUACAUUUCUCAGAAGGAAGAUAAACAAUAUAUUGCUGUUGAUACAAUAAAGAUGUUAAUAGAAACAGGUGCCCAGAACAUCACAAUUACUUCUCUUCUAAUAAACUCCUACUAGUCAAACUUUUCUUCAAAUUAAAUCUCCAGAGCAAGAAUAUGGGCGUUUGAUUGACGUGAU